UGUUAAAAAAACAUCCAAAAACACUGGUUUGUGGCGUUUUACCGGUGAGACCGGAUAUAGUGAAUGCAGGGUCCAGGGAGAGCAGAUAUAGUAAAUGCAGGGUCCGGGGAGAGCAGAUAUAGUGAAUGCAGGGUCCGGCGAGACCAGAUAUAGUGAAUGCAGGGUCCGGGGAGACCGGGAUAUAGUGAAUGCAGGGUCCGGGGAGACCAGAUAUAGUGAAUGCAGGGUCCGGGGAGGCCAGAUAUAGUGAAAAUGCGCGUCCAGGGGAGAGCGGAUAUAGUGAAUGCAGAGUCCGUGGAGACCGGAUAUAGUGAAUGCAGGGUCCGG